CCCGCUGUGUCAAAGUUUUAUCGUCAGUCUAGUCAGUCAUGCAUGUCGUCGUUUGUUUCUCAUACUUGUUCAAGAAGUGCUCACCACCCGUCAUCUGCCAACAAAUGGUUGGUUUAGUUUCCACGUUGACCUCAGUGGGCCUGUAGUUUUGGUGGAGGUGGAGGAGGACGCGGACGGCCACAGUCAUGGAGUGGCAGGAGGCGCGGCAGUGGAUGAUCCAGGCGAAAACCUUUCCACCAGGACAUCCCGGCGUUCGUCCAGAUGCUGGUCUGGAUGAUUUUGCCAAUUGCUUGCGAGAUGGAGUGUUCCUGUGUCAGCUGCUGAAUAAGAUUAUACCAGACGCCGUUCAGCAUUUUCAUCCUAGAGCUACAUUGGAGUUCAAAUGCAUUCAGAACAUCAACUCCUUCCUGCUGAGCGUCAGUGUGGCGUUCGGGAUCCAGGAUGAAGACCUGUUCCAGCCGAACGACUUGUUCGAACUGACAAACUUCUCUGCGGUUGUGAAAUGUUUGUCAGCCCUCUCCCGCACCGAGGCCGCAAUGGCCUUGGGAUUGGAGCCAUUCCCAAGGGGUGCCGGUAGCGUCGAUUUGAACCAGAGUGUGGAGGAGGAUAUUUACGGCGAUCUGGAAAACGUCGCCUUAACAAUCAAGGCAACAGGCUCGUCCCGACAGCCUGGUGAUGAGACAGAUUACGGAGAAGCCGAGAAUAUGGUACCGGAGGAAGAACUCGUCUACUCCAGUGAACAAAUGGACGAGGACAUUUAUGGCUCGCUCGUCAACUUCAGCAAAACGGCACAGGAGACGGCGAAGGGUGGCGGAUUUGCGGGUCUUCCGGAAAAGCUAGGUCAUAUUGUUGCUGAGCUUGUGGAGACGGAAAAGAGCUACGUUGACGUGCUCAACAUCCUCUCGGAGCACUACAUCAAUCCUCUGACAAACUUGUUGGAUGAGAAGAGCCGCGAUGUCAUCUUUAUCAACUUACCGGAAUUACGCGAGGUGCAUACUGGAUUCUUGACCAUGUUGGAAGCACAGGUCGAAUCCGGUGCUCAGCUCAUCAGCAAAUGCUUUCUGAAACACGCGGACGAUUUCGUGAACUACGGUACCUACUGCGCUGGCCUGCCCCCUAGCCAGACCAAGGUGCAAGAAUUGAUGGAUCGACCUGACAUGGCCAAGACGUUAGAUGCGUGCAAGAAAGCAUCCAAACAGCGUUUCAACCUGAAGGAGUUGUUGAGCGUACCUAUGCAGCGUGUGCUUAAGUAUCCGUUACUGCUCCGAGAAUUGAUCAAGCAGGGCGGCAAAUGCGGCUACGGAGAUAUCUCCGGCCUGGAAGAGGCUUCCGAUGCGUUAAAGGACGUUGCCAAGAGCGUGAAUGAGAUCAAGCGUGACAUCGAGGCGCUGAGCACAACCCGGGAAAUUCAGGCCAGUCUUCUCGACUAUAAGGGGGAGAACUUGAGUACCUAUGGUCGGUCACUGCUCGACGGUGAAGUAAGAAUCAAGAACGUUGAAGACCCAAAGCCCAAGUCAAGAUACGCCUUCCUGUUCGACAAGGUGCUUAUCAUUUGCAAGAACAAGGGCGAUCGCUUUACAUUCAAGAAGAUCCUCAAGCUGGAUGAGUAUGGUUUUGAGGACAUGCAGCAGUCGGCGGUGAAGGGCAAGUUCUCUUUCGCAUUCCAGAUCCAGGGAAGGACCUCGACGGCGGCAACAAACAGCUGCCUGUUCUACGCCAAGACAGCGCAGGCCAAGGUCGAAUGGCUGAAGCUGGUGAACAAUGCUGUGUCCAACAUCAACAAAACUGGACCCUCGGCCAGUGGACACAAUUUCGACCUGACUACAUUCGAUUGCCAGACACAACGAUGCUCGGUCUGUCGGCGAUUGAUGUGGGGUCUUAUCCUGCAGGGCUACCGCUGUUCGGUGUGUGAGAACGCUGUGCACGGCGACUGUCUGACCAACAUCACUGCAAGGUGCCACGGCCAGGCCCAGGGUGGCCAGUCGUCCGCUCACCUCUCUGCUGGUGGUCCGAAUGUGCGUAACACGGUGUCGCGGGCUAAGGACAGGUGGAUGAGCAGUACCUUAUCGCCAGAGGCUCGCAGGGCAGGGGGUGGAAACCGCGGUAUAGUUCAAGCAAUGCAGAACUAUCAAGGUCUUCCGCCGCCCACAGGCUCAUUACCGGCGCUGAUGUUUCAACCUGGUGAUGAGAUUGAUGCCUUUAUUACAAGUGCCGACUUCUGGGAGGGCACGAACACGCGAACUGGCCUGACGGGAUCCUUCCCAGCAGCAUUUACCAAGCGUAAACUGGAGGAGUUAGCUAGUCCGUCGGCCCCAGCAAGAACGCGCGGUCAGAAAACCUCCUACGAGAACACCGAGCUGAAAUUCAACAGUGGCAAUCGUGGUGGCGGCGCUGUCUCAGAAAAACGUAGUCUACCACUGCCCCCUACGCCGGCACUACCGGGAAGUCCCGGUAGUCCCUCGUUGCCGCCAUCUUCACCGCGUGGCAAAUCCCUCACGUCCUACUCUUGGUAUGUUGGCAAAAUGUCUCGGCAAGGGGCUGACUCCUCGCUUCUCUACUCCGCCAACGGUGUCUUCCUGGUCCGGGAGAGUGAAGCCCGUCCUGGCACCUACGCCUUGUCGAUAAAGUACAACGCCGGAAAACAUAUCAAGAUUGUUGGUCAGGAUGGCAAGGUCUACCUCAGUGCCGCCAAGAGAUUUUCUGAUAUUCCGGAAAUGAUCCACUACUACAAGACCAGCACACUGGUGCACAGCUUCCCGGGUCUCAACACCACACUGCUGCAGUCGUUCGGUGACACCACUAGCAAAUGCAUAGCGCAGUACGACUUCAAGGCACGGACAGAACAUGAACUGAGUAUUGAGGAGGAAUGUGAGAUACUAAUCAUUUCCAAGACAACAGCCACUGCUGGUUGGUGGUAUGGAAGUCGCAAUGGAUGCAAGUUUGGUCUCUUCCCUUCCAAUUACAUAGAGGAAAUCGGCAGCUAAGGCGGCCAAAACAUGCUACGGGACGACUCGCUUCCAAACCUAACCAAGGAAAGUUUCGGCUGGUCGGCACAGCUGUGCCUUGCUCCUCCGGCUUUGCACGUGCCGCUUGAGACAGCUAAUCGCAAACUCUCCGCUUUGAUGUCUUCACUCAGGCUUCCCCUCAGAUGACGUUGCUGUGUGUCAAGCAUGCAUGCUGGGCAUUUUCUUUUUCUUUUCUUUUUUUUGUCGCUGUACAUAAACAAUAAUAGACUCUCUUUUUUUGUUCCGCUUCUUUUCAUUGUCCUUCUAAUGUUCUUUGUUUUGAUAAGCACGAUCCGAUGUAAGGCAUCUAAUUUAAUCACUGCUACUCCACUUCGGUGUAUUCCCCGCUGCCAAUCAUUUUCUGCAAAUAUCCGUCAUCAGCAUCAUAAGCUUCAUCCUCCUCUUAUGACCAACGUGACUUUCCUCCCCACUGAGCUUCUUUUCUCGCCUUCUCUUUCUCUUCUUUUUAGCAUCCAUAUCGAGUGCUGUGUGCACCUUGAGCGACAUGAUCAGUUCUCAUUGCGUAAUACUGCCUCCGCGAUUGAUGUUGUCUCGCAAAGCGGUUGAUCCGCGAUGACCCUCAUCUCCUCUGACCUUCUUCUUCUCCCCAUUAGUACUAAUCAUGAGCGGUACAACAGGUGGUGGCAAUCAACACUCAAUUG